AACCCCAUGCUAACAAUUUCUCGAGAAGCGAAUGUUUCCAUGAAAAACUCGACCUUUGGGAUACCUCCAAAUGCACUGCUUCUUCGUAUAAUACAAAAAAACCUUCCUGGUUUGAAGCCUCAAAGCCUGCUGCCAAGGCCCAAAGAACUCUCUUUCUCUAAAGAUUUAGAGGUGGGGGGGAGAGAGAGCGUAUCCGAAAAGCUUUUGACAAUGGCUCAGAUACUUGUCUUCUUGAUGUGAUCAAACCCACCGCUCUUUUCUCCGGACUUUUCCAAAGAAAUCGCCAUGCAGCGCUGAAACAAGCGAUUCUGGUGGGCCUGCUUUAUGUGAUUUUUGCUUAUAUGAGCGUUGAACGCUUUUGGUUGGCCUUUUGGAUUGUGGAAACGAUCGGACGGUCGGGGUUGUUUGAGGAGAAGGAGAGAAAAUGAAGAACGGAGAGCAAGUCAGGUCCCUCUUCGGGAUUUCGCUCUCCAAUCGGCCUAUAUGGCAGCAGUUCCUCAUUUGCUCUUCUGGGUUCUUCUUUGGCUACCUCGUUAAUGGAAUUUGUGAGGAAUUCGUGUAUAAUCGACUUAAAUUCAGCUACGGUUGGUAUUUCACCUUCGUGCAAGGAUUUGUCUACCUGAUACUCAUGUCCUUACAAGGAUUCUCCACCAAGCAAAUGGUGAACCCUUGGAAGACAUAUGUGAAACUCUCUGCUGUUCUUAUGGGUUCUCAUGGAUUAACUAAGGGGUCCUUGGCAUUUCUUAAUUAUCCGGCACAGAUCAUGUUCAAAUCCACAAAGGUCCUGCCUGUCAUGAUAAUGGGUGCCUUCAUUCCUGGCUUGAGAAGGAAAUACCCAUUACAUGAAUACAUCUCUGCAGUGCUUCUAGUACUCGGUCUUAUCCUUUUCACCUUAGCAGAUGCGCAGACAUCCCCAAAUUUUAGCAUUUUUGGUGUUAUUAUGAUAACGGGUGCUCUGAUCAUGGAUGCCUUUCUGGGAAAUUUGCAAGAAGCAAUUUUUACCAUGAAUCCUGAUACCACACAGACGGAGAUGCUGUUCUGCUCAACAGUUGUAGGGUUGCCUUUCUUAGUCCCACCCAUGAUUCUCACAGGAGAGCUGUUUAGGGCUUGGAAUUCUUGUUCACAACAUCCUUAUGUAUACGGGGUAUUAGUAUUUGAAGCCAUGGCCACAUACAUCGGGCAAGUGUCUGUUUUAUCACUCAUUGCCAUUUUUGGGGCUGCCACCACUGCCAUGAUAACAACUGCAAGAAAGGCAGUCACCCUGUUACUGUCAUACAUGAUAUUUACAAAGCCAUUAACUGAACAGCACGCCACAGGGCUGUUGCUCAUAGCCAUGGGAGUCAUAAUGAAGAUGUUGCCUGAUAACAAACUGCCAGGUAGGAGUUCAGUGACAUCCGCUGUUUUGAAUGAGAGAAGACCUUCCAUCAAAGAAGACAAGAGCUUGCUAGAAAAUGGAGGCGGUGAGAUUAGACGGGAUGAAGAUGAGGAAUUUGUUUGAAUCUGUUUUUUUAUUUUUUAUUUUUUAGAUGAGAAACAAAAGAAAAAGAAGAAGAAGAAAUUUAGGGGAGGAUCCUUCUCACUAUGAUGGGGAAGAGGGGAAGGAUCCGGUAAAGGAAAGGAAAAUUAUAAGAUAAAAAGCUGUCAUUUUUAAUCCAUUGAUUGUGAUGACUGUCGUUUUUAACCAAUUGAUGGUCACCGACUGUCGUUAAUAAGAUGAUUCGUUUUCAUCUCCAAA